AUGGGGCCGCAGCCCCGGUGCUGGGGCCGGGGCGGUGCCGCCCGCGGGGCCCGGGCAAACAGCGGGUCAAUCAUUAACCGGCCCGGGGCUCUCCCGCCGCCACGCGGGGCCUCGCGGGGCUCGGGGGCCGCGGCGGGGCCGGAGCGGGGCCGGGCCCCGAGCGGCGGCGGUUUGCACCGGCGGGUGAGCGGGGAGUCUCCGCGGAUGGACGGUGACCCCAGGGCCGCGCAGGGCCCCGCGGCGCGGGGAGCGGAGCAGGGCGAUGGCGGCGGGGCGGCCGGGGGGCUGCCCACCCCCGGCACCGCCAGCGAGCCCCCCGCGGGACACCGGGACCGGCCCGUGGAGGUGUCGGUGGUCACCAACUCGGCCUUCGAGGGGGCUCCUCCACCCUACUCGCCCCCGGACCCCAAGAGCUUCCACCUCCUGUACCCGCCCUACUCAGCCGGCUUCUCGCAGCAAGGACCUCACAUUUACCAGCCGGGGCCGGGACCGCGGCCCUUCCCAGCCCCGGGCUUCCCACCCGGGCCCAUGCCCUACCCCACGUACAACCCGCAGCCUGGCCCGGCGCCGUUCCCCGCCGGCCGCCGGCAGCAGCUGCCCAAGGACUACAUGGUGGAGUCAAUGCUGGUGACCGUGUUCUGCUGCCUGCUGACCGGGGUCAUAGCCCUCGUUUACUCCUACGAGACCCGGGCUGCGCUCGCCCGUGGGGACGUGGCCCAGGCGUACGUGGCAUCCAGAAAGGCCCAUUCACUGGUCCUCCUCAGCCUCCUCUUCGGGCUGUUCGCCUCCACCACCUGGAUCAUCUACGUCCUGGUGUCCCUGCACCUGUGACAAAGAGCCCCAGGGACUGGUGUGCCAAGAACUUGUGGCUCGCCUCCUGGAGCGGGGGCACGGGCAGGUGAAGUUGCCACAGCCUUGGUGCAAUGGGGUGACACGGAGUUAUUGGGGCUGGAGCUGCUCCGGAGCCUUGAGCCCUGCGAGCCCCGGGCAGGGCAGGAGGAGCCCGGGGCAGGGAGAGGCCGGGGCCGCGUCCUGCUGGAUCCAGCUUGGGCAGGGAGCUGGGGGGGAUCCAUGGAUCCAUGGGCGGGAUCGGGCUCUGCUGCAGGAUGCUGAAUCCCAAAGCUGUGGG